AUGCUGUUCUCUUUCACAUCGCGUAUUAUCAGCGCACUAGCUGCAUUCUUAUAUCCAGGAUAUGCGUCCUACAAGACACUCAGUCAACGACCGGCGUCAGAAGCAGAGCUUGAGAGAUGGCUCAUGUACUGGUCUGUGCUAGGGUGCAUAGUCGGAGUGGAAUACCUAGCAGAGUGGCUUGUCUCAUGGAUUCCGCUAUACUCAACAAUGAAAGCGAUCUUCCUCCUCUACCUCGCCCUUCCUCAGACACAAGGUGCAACCUUCGUGUACCAAGCCUACUUACGGCCGUUCUUCGAGACUCAUGAACAACAAAUCGACAUGGCCAUAGCCGAAAUCCGCGGGCGCGCGUACCGCUUCCUCCAGGAGAAAUUCCGUGCUCUCUGGGCUGCCGUCGUCGGCACCCUUGCGCCAGGUGCAGACGGCACCGUAGCAGGACAAGGACCGACUCAACCGCCACCCACGAUGAACAACCCCGCUGGCGGGCUCUCUCAACUCCUCUCCUCACUAUGGACGUCCUAUGGCCCAGGCAUCAUCGCGGGUGGUGCUGCUCUGCUUCGACAAACAGCGACAGCGACAGGCGUAGUAGGCGCAGCACCCGCGGGCCAAAGCAGUGCAGGUGCACAGCCGUCGAACAACGCCCUGAACACCCCUCCUGGGUCCACCUUCAUGAACCCAGCGGGAAAUACGAGCGCCGAGUCCGUCGCGGAGAGGCGUAAGCAGCUCGAGGCGGAACUUGCUGCAUUAGCUGCAUAUUCUUCGACUGCCCCUAUCCCGACGCCGUCGAUGAAUAAUCCUGCGCGACCGAGUACCUCAUCGACGACUCGAUCUUCAUCUUCUUCGUCGUUCUCCGUGCGAGAGCGAACGAUAUCAGGGAAGUUCGAAGAAAUCAAAGGCGGAGAGAUCGAAGGCUACGAGGUGGACGAUGAUUUCGUUGGUGGCUUUGUUGCGGGUGGCCAAGGUCAGCAGACAUCAACUGGUCGGGGAAGUGGUUGGCUCAGUGGUUGGGGAUCGGGCUCAGGAAAAGGCGCGUAUGAAAGGGUGAAGAGUGAUUGA